UUAAGGGGAGGUGCCCGGGGGGGGGGAGCAGGAGGUCACGUGACCCGGAAAGUUGCAAGCCAGGAAGCGAAGGACGGAAAGUUACCAAAGAAGGAGACGCGCGAGGGGCGCGGGUUCUAGGCUCGGGACCGGACCGGAGCGGAAGGAAGGAACCAGCCCGGCUGAGGGAGGGGGUGAAGGGCCCCCCCCGAAUCCCUGCCCCCCUCGGACGGAAGUCGCGGGGUCGGGGCCCUCCAGAGCCGGGCGGUGGGAACUGGGGGCGCGCGGGAGAUGUGCGGGCGUUAGGGGAGAGGAGAAUCCGCCCAGCGACCCUCCCCACCCCCCCGAUCCCCCGGGGGGCAAAAGGAGAAAAUCGGGACCCUCCAGCAUGAAAAUGUCACCACUGGGGGCCGCCUGGAUCCUGCUGCUUGGACUCGUCUGGGAAGCUGCUUCCUACACAGAGAAAGAAUCAGCCACCUGUCAUGCACCCCUGGAGGUGCGGGGGGAGCGCCAGGGGAUGAUCCGCAGCUUUCUCCCCCGACAUGGCCGCAUCCUGCCCAGCAAGUGCACCUGGGUCAUCCUGGGGGGCCCGAAGGAUGUGGUGACCAUCAAGUUCGAGCGGUUCCAGCUGGCAUGCGGGGAGACCAAACUCUACAUCUGGGCUCACUCCUACCCCCACCAGGCCCUCUGCGGCUCCCGGCUCCCUGCCCCCCUGGAAUACAGAGGCACCAACGUCACCCUCAGCUACUCACGCAGCUGGACGGUGGCUGAGGGCUUCCAGCUCCGCUACGAGAGAGCAGGUCCCCUCCUCUCUGCCUCACCCCCAUCUUGUAACCUGACUCUGAAUGAUUUCUAUGGGGUCUUCUCCCCACCUGCCUGGCCUGGGGGCCCCGCUGGUGCCCUCAUCCGGUGCCGCUGGGCCCUGGACCCCCACGAUAGUCGCCCCCUCACCGUGCUCUUCACCACACUGGACCUGGCUCCGAACGACUCCCUGGAGGUCUAUGAGGGCCACCCAGACCUGCCAGCUGAGCCGCAGCUUCUGCGACGCGUGGAUGCGGCCAGCAACGGGCAACCGGUAGCGGUGGAGUCACCCUCCAGCCGGGCAUGGGUGGCCUGGCAGGGCCUGGGGGACCACGGCUUCAACGCCACCUACCACGUGCGUGGGUUCUGUGUGCCCUGGCAGCGGCCCUGCGGCCAGGGGGAUGAGGCUCGGUGCUACGGCGAGGUGGAGCGCUGCGAUGGCAUCUGGCACUGCCCAGACGGGGCGGACGAGGAGCGCUGCCCAGGCUGCCCGGAGGGGAGCUAUCCCUGCCGGGCUGGCGCUGGAGGCCCCUGCUACGCACCCGCUGACCGGUGCAACUACCAGACGCUGUGCCCAGACGGGGCGGACGAGCGGGGCUGCUGGCGCUGCCAGCCCGGCCACUUCCGCUGCGGGGAUGGGCGCUGUGUCUACGAGGCCUGGCGCUGCGACGGGCAGCCCGACUGCACUGACGCCUCCGAUGAGGCCGCCUGUCCCUACGCCCUACCCCGCAAGGUGGUGGCAGCCGCGGCCAUCGGCAGCCUGAUCUGUGGCCUCCUGCUGGUCAUCGCGCUGGGCUGCACCUGCCGACUCUACGCUGUGCGCAGCCAGGAGUACAGCCUCUUCGCCCCCCUGUCCCGCAGCGACGCUCAGCUGGUCCGGCAGGAGGCGCCGCCAUCCUAUGGGCAGCUCAUUGCGCAGGGGCUGGUCCCACCUCUCGAAGACUUCCCCACCGACAGCCCCGGGCAGACGUCGCUGCUGGGGAAUCUACGCUCUCUGCUCCAUCUGCUGCAGCAUGAGCCGGCGGGGGGGCGCCGGGCCCGCCGGCCCCCCCGCCCCCUGCGCCGUCUGCUGCGCCGCCUACGCCGGUGGGGGCUGCUGCCCCGCUCUGCCCCUGCUGCCCGCCCUGCCGCCCCCCCUGCCCAGCCCCCACCACACGCUGCCGGCCGGGAGGGGGGGGGGGCGGCCGGCGGGCCUGAUGAGGCCCCGCCCCUGCCACAGAAAGUCCCGCCUCCUGGGCCAGAGCCCCCCAUGGCCCCACUCCCUGCAGGCCCCCAGCGGCUGCCCAGAGGGGUGAUGGGGGCCCUCCGUGGGUGCCUCUUUCCCUCCUCCGAGGGCCAUGGGGAGCCUCCGAGCCUCCCACCCUCCCCUGAGGGGGAAGAUGAUGUGCUGCUACUACCCCUCGCUGAGUCCCGGCCCUCCCUCCCUGCCGAGGACCUGGACGAUGACCCCCUCCUCACCUGAGUGCCUCCCACCAGGCCCCAUUGCCUUUAAGAACCCAGCGGCCAACGGGGAGAGUGGUUAAGCCACCCCUGCCACCAGCAGGGUUCAACGGGGGCGGCAAUAUCUGUGAGGCAGUCAAAAACUGGCCCACAAAGGAUGGGGCCAUUGCACAUUGCCUUUAAGGACUUAACGCUAACUGAGCAGCGAAAGAAUAUUUGCCUGCCUGUCAAAAAAGCUCUUCAAGAGAAGAGUUUUGUCAGUUUUGCCUUUAAGAAGCUGGGGGCUAAUCGGAGAGCAGGGCAGCCCGGCAGGGUUGAACCAAUCGCGCCCACCCCCAGAGGCCAAAUCUGGCCGCAUCUGAGUGGAAGGAAAAAUAUUUGUCUGGCAGUCACAAAAGGCUCCUGAACGGGAUGUGCCCUUUCGAAGUCUUUGUAUGGCUGUUCUAAAGAACGUCUUAAAGGUGCUGGAACCCUAUCAGUGGAGGAAAGAAAUGGCAGUUAAAAAAUACUCUUAAAGGCAAUGGCUCAGCUGGCAAUAAUUUUCCUCUUCUAUGAGUCGAAAUUUUCUAUAAUCAAUUAUUUUUUCAUACCUGAGUUAGAAAAAUGAACCUUUGCGCAUUUCUUUUCGCAGUGCCUGAUAAAUGAAUCUUUAUGGUCAGCAAACCUUGAGGUUAAAAAAAAAAAAAGGUCUUUUAAAGGUAAUGGGCAAAAUCCGCAACAUUUUACUCCCCGUUUGCUAAAAUGUUGUUCUGAUUGAAACAAAAAAAUGAGAAAUGGACAGAAAAUGAAUAUGUGAGUUUUAUGUAGCUGGGAUUCUCUGCGCAAAAUAUUUACAUGGCUGUAAAAAAGAAAACUCUUAAAGGUAAUGACCAUUUUACCUCCUCAAAAGAUUGUUUUAAAUGAUUGUCUCUUCUAAGUCAUAUUUUAAAAAACAAUGUGCAUUUGUAUUCAGCUGACACAUUGAACAGUGAUUCUGAAUGACAAAAGAUACAUGUGGCAGUUUUUUAUGUGUGUGUGUGUGUUUACACACACUUAAAGGCAAUGACUAAAUCUGAAAGAUUGUCGGCCAUUUUUGAUAGAUUUUUUUUAAUAUAUAUAUGUGUUCUUUUUGUAAAGAAGGUGAGGAAUAAGAUGAAAAGAAAUGUGUGUGUCUAUGGAUUGGGAAAUUCACUUGUGAAUCUUGGCACCAAAUAUUUGUAUUGUAAACUGAUUUUUAAAGGCAAUGGCAAAAACAUUUAACCAGCUACUGCGCGAGAUUUUUUUUUUGUAGUUAUGUUUUUAAAUGCAAAAGCAGAAGCUGAAUUUUCACAAGUUCCAUGGCUAGAAAAGCUGCACUUGAUUCUCAACCCAGACACUUUGUGGUGGUGGUGUUUUUUCAAAUAAGCUUCUUAAAGGCAAAGUUUGGAUCAGAAAAAAAUACACCACUUUUGACAGUGACCAUUUAUUUGGUUUGCUUGUUCGCUUGUUUGUUUUGUGCAAUUAUAUUUGAAAGAGAGGAACUAGGGAGAAAAUCAAGUUACAAAUCUAUGCCCCAGGACAUUGAGGUGGGGGAUGUCAGUGUAAAGUAUUUGCCUGGCCAUUAACAAAUAAAAUAAACACAAGAAACAGGUGGGUUUAUCUGUAACCAUAAAUUAAAUAAAAAUCUGACAUGACUCACCAUACAGCUUACUUGCAAAAUACAACGGUGAGACUGAAAAAUUUAACCAGCUCCAGUAGAGAACUUUUAAAGAGA